UUUUCGGUUUCCUCAUUUAUUUAUUAAGUUUGUUUUGGGAUCUGGAGCCUGGAGAUUUCGAAGAGAUCUGGGAGGGAUGAAAUCUCCAAUCCGGGGUCCGUGUUUUGAGAACCCCCAGCACAGUGAUUGCACAGGUGUGUGCAGGCCUUUUUAUAGAGUCCUGACCAUAGUUCUGGGCUCCACCCCAGCAGUUAGGAGUCAGGCGGGCUCCACCCCGGCAGACAGGAGGUUCCACCCCGGCAGACGGGAGGUCUCUGCCUUGGAGUCAGGUGGAAGCCAGACUAGCGGUGUGUGCUAGUGACAUAUUUUGGGAAGAGUCUGCAGGAGGCAGACUUAAAACUGCGUACAAGCCAGGAGGCUGAAUAUUGUUUUGCUUGAUGGUGGAUACCCCUGCGUGGGAAGCAUUUUUGUUGUUUGAACUUUCUUAAAUAAAAGUGGGCAAAAAAAAGCCCUGAAAAGAAAGCGAGUUGCUGUGUGUUAAAGAAGAGCUCUACCACUUGAAGCGAGUUCCCACA